CCAGCAUAGCACAUACAACGACCUUUAUUGCACCAGUCGUGGUUGUCUAGCUGGAACGAGAAAUAACCCAAAAUGGGCCCAACGACGGAGUUCGAUUCUAACCCGACCGCGGAUCACCCGAGCGUUUUACCUCUAGGCUACGUCCCGCCCCCUUGCUAUGCAACGUGUAUCACGUAUUGUUCGAACCGCUCUGUAUAAAAUCAACUGACGCACCAUUCAAGCUUUGAAAGCUUUGCGUUCCGUUUGGAGGCGACAGACAAUUUUGUAAUUAUACCAAUCCAGUACAGAUGGAUUCGGAGGUUGAAGCAGGAAAACCUGGCCGCGGAUCAUCAUCCUACCAGGAUGUGAUAUCUGUUGUGAAAAAUGUCAUGUCAGGUGAUAUGGCCGAUUAUGUAGCGUACAGAGAACACAAUAUUCCAUCAACAAUAAAGGCGCUCAAAUGUUGCGGAAUAACGCUGGAAGAUAUUGACAAACUGCCUGUGAUUCACAUCACUGGAACAAAGGGGAAGGGGUCGACAUCGGCAUUUUGUGAAAGUAUUCUCAGACACAGUGGGUACAAGACUGGAUUUUUCAGCUCUCCUCAUCUGGUGAAACGGAAUGACAGGUUUCGAAUCAACGGCCAGCCUCUUUCUGAUGACGACUUCUGCUCUUACUUCUUCGACGUCUACGACAAAAUAGAACCCAUAUUGAAAGACCUGCACGACAAAAAGUUUCCACGGAUGUUUUUGUUUCAUACCACCAUGGCUUUCACCGUGUUCAUUAAAGAAAAAGUCGAUGUAGCUGUGAUGGAAGUUGGUAUUGGUGGACAGUUCGACUGGACGAACGUCAUUCGGUCCCCCGUGGUGUGUGGAGUUACUUCCCUUGGAUUAGACCAUUUAGAUAUGCUUGGAGACACGAUAGAGAAAAUAGCGUGGCAUAAAGCGGGGAUUUUUAAGAAGGGAGUUCCCGCUCUGACUGUCAGUCAGCCACCAGAAGCCGACGCCGUUCUCUUAGAGCGAUCACAGGAGAUUGGGGCACCUCUGUACCAUGUUCCGACACUACACGAGUUCUGUGCCGCGGGUCAACAGAUACAUUUGGGUAUCGAGGGAAAUAUUCAGUUUGUCAACGCGGGACUCGCUCUACAGCUGUGUCGGGUAUUUUUAAACAGAACCAGCAACUUAGAACAGCAGUAUCUCUGUGAAGUGUUGUCUGUACCUAGUGUGAAGGACAUUCCUAUGUUACGUGUCUAUCAACUCAGCCCUGUCGAAACUGAAGGACUGGCGCGGUGUUCGUGGCCCGGCAGGAGUCAGACGAUAUACCGCCCUCGACUCACCUACUACCUGGACGGAGCUCACACCAAGGAGAGCAUGCAGCAAUGUGUUGAGUGGUUCUCAGAGAAGUCAGAGAAGGAGGCAGCCACUAUUAAAGGUCGAGUCAGUAAGAUUCUCUUGUUUACUCUUGGAGGACACAGAAAUAUUGCUGGUAUGCUGUCGAUUCUGAAGCCAAUCGAUUUUGAUGAAGUUGUGUUCUUCCCCAGCUUGGAAUGCUAUGAUUUACGUGUGAAAUCACCUAUUCAAAGCACAGAAACGAUAGUGAAGGCUUGUGAAGAGAUCAAAAUGACGUGGGACAGUCAAUGUGGAGACAGUCCUAAAGAUGAUUGCGUCAUUAAUGGUCACUGUCCUUCUGUACCGACCAUUGUCCUGCAGACCUGUCCUGUCACUGGUAGAACUAUGACGUCAGAGGACACGAUGGAGACGUCAGAACACACAAUGAAGACGUCAGAACACACGAUGAUGACGUCAGAACACACGAUGAAGACUCCAUCACGUCACGGUGACGCGAAUAAAUCCAGUCCCAGAACGAGUACUGAAAAUGUCGCCAGUAACGGGAUCUGUCCGUCGUACGCGUUUCCCUGCCCCUGCAAGCUUUAUAUUGGGCGACUCAAGGUCGUGAGCCCAAACUGA